CAGUAACACUUGACCCCAUCUCAGCAAUUUUUCUUUUCUUGCCACUUAGAAAGCUCCUAUAGCUGCUUGUCUCCCUCCUAUAUAUAUAUUGUCCACUGCUAAUCCGUAAUCCAUUCCUUUCUUCAGUGCCUCUCCAAGCUCCUCCUUGUCGGGAACUUGGAGUCUUGGCAUUGGAGGAAGCAUCCCAACUUACAAGAACAUAAUGGAAUUACCCUUUAUCUGCAUCGUCAGCUUGACUCUCCUGCUAUCGAUAUCUACAUCAUCACAUGCUCAAAUCGCCAAGGCUCCUGCCCUCAGCCCAACGCCUGCACCGGCCCCGGCCCCAGAUUUUGUGAACCUCAGGGUCUUGCUCUCCGUGGCCGGCCCCUUCCACACCUUCCUCAGCUACCUUGAAUCCACCAAAGUGAUCGACACUUUCCAGGAUCAAGCCAACAACACCGAGGAAGGCAUUACCUUAUUCGUUCCUAAGGACAGCGCCUUCGCAUCUCAGAAGAAGCCGUCCUUGUCCAACCUCACUGACGACCAGCUCAAGUCACUCUGCCUCUUCCAUGCCCUGCCUCAUUAUUACACUCUGUCCGAUUUCAAGAACCUCAGCAAUAUGAGCCCGGUUAGCACGUUCGCGGGUGGCGAAUACACUGUCAACUUUACAGAUAUCACCGGAACGGCGCAUCUAAGUUCUGGUUGGACUGAUACAAAAGUUAGCAGCAGCGUGCAUGCUACCGACCCUGUUGCGGUAUACCAAAUUGAUAAGGUUCUCCUUCCCGAAGCAAUAUUCGGAACUGAUAUUCCUCCAACUCCAGCGCCUGCACCAGCUCCAGAUAUUAGCCCAGCUGCAGAUUCUCCGUCAGGAGUAUCGGAAACCGGAUUUUCAUCUACAGCUUCGAAGCCGAGCUCCUCUCCUAAAUUGAGCAGCAGUUGGAGUCACUUGGUCUUGGCUGCUUCAAGUGGUAUGCUGGUGGUGCUACUUUGAGAGACAAUUCAUGUCCGGAUGAUUAAAUCAAUUUAUGUCCAAAGGGUUUUUGGAUUGUUUAAUUUAUGUUCAUUUGAAAUACCAUUUUUCCGACACGUGUUGUUGACAUUGUGCAUGGGAUGUGAUUUAUUCCAGUAUUGUAAUACUUAAAGAAAGAUAAUACAUACAUUUCAUACUGUUGAAGAUGAAUAAGUUCAUGUAAAGUUAAUUGGACUGUUA